AUGAAUGAGAGCAAUGAAUGCGAGAAUCGUUUGAUGGAUGAGACGGGAAACGAGACGCGGAGGAAGUCCUACGGAACCGAUGACAAAGACAUCGACGCCGGCGCUGCCGGCCAUACAUCCAGUGGCGCCGAUCCAGAAGGGGUACCGCAAUUGGCGGGUCCGCACAGGCCAUCAAUCGCCACCAGAAUUAGACAUUUCAACGCACCUGAAGAUCACAUCUCAUUCAUAGACAGAUUAAUGUCACUUAUUUUUGAUUCAAUUUGGGGUAUAAUAUUCCUAUUCAUAGCGAAUGUACUUCAAGUCAUUUGUAUUAUUACGGGCUCCGUUUACAUCAACGACUGUCCCCUUUCGCCGGCAAUUCCGGCCGUACUUAUAGUGAACGGAGCGAUGAAUGUCUUGAUUUGUGUCACAGAAACAUUUUAA